AUGUUUAAUUUUUUCAAACGGAAAGCCGGCAAGGCCUCGCCCGAGUGGCCGCGAAGACGGACGAGUCUGACAUCAGUAGACGAGAAUACGCGAGACGGUCACGAUGUAACAAGUAGAACAGGAACCCUCAGAAAAGAUGUAGUCAACCUGCUCAUACCUGAGACAGACUACAGCCAGAGGUCAGGCGUCGGUGCCUUACUGCAAAUAAUGGCGGGGAAACGAAAGAGGAACAAAAGAAAACGCGAUUCAUUUAAAACUGAUAUCGCUAGCUGCGGACAGGGCGGACGAGCCAGUGACGCAACGCCCACGCCAGCCAAAAAUACCCAAGACGUUACAGAGCAGUCAGAUGACCACGCAGAGUACGUUAAGGCGCUCGUAUUGCAGAAAUAUUCCAAGCCGGAUCCAAAACAGCAGCACGUGUCUCUAGUUUACGUGUCCAACGACGAGCUGGAUGAUAAAAAACAUGCUGAGGCCCUACUGCGGGAGAUAGCCAAGAGCAUCGACUGCACCAUUGAUGAGAUAAACAACAAACAAAUGGGAAGCUCUGACAGCAGGCAGCUUGGACAGAACGAACAGGUAUACCAGCUUGAUAAUAAUAGCAUAGAUACGUAUAAAAACGACCUGAAUUGCGAGCUGGAGAAGCUAUUACAAACACCCAAAGAGGAUAAACUCGAGCUGGAUGCACCAGAAUCUCCGGCUACAAGAAAAUCAAAUCUGAAGCCUCCGCGUUCAGAUACUGAAGCCUGUUCAGAUGACGAUCGUUCGGACAGCGGAAAAAAACGAGUCACAUUCAGAAAGCACAUCAUUUUCGAUGAUGGGGAGCAGCAGACUGAUGAAGGAGAUGAUUCGUCCUUCGAAUCCCUCACUUCGGAAGAAGCUGACUAUCUGGAUGAAAUACCAGACAACGACGAACUCCUGGGUGGAUACGUGGUGACUGGAAAUGAUAAUGCAACAGUCAUAAACGUUAAAGACGAUGACUUGAGAAGAAUAAGCGGUGAUAACAGUGAUAGUGGCUUCCUGGAGUGUGAUAAGGAGUCCGGUGAUGAGACUAAUGUGAGGAGCAUCUGUGAUGAGACCGAUGAGACUGAUGAGAGUGAUGAGAGCCACGAUGAGAUCAUAGACGAGGAGAGCGAUGGAGAGGCGGUCGGAGACGAGGACAACGCGAAGAGCCUCGUCAACCAGGAGACGCAAUUCCAGUCCCAGGUGACGGCUCUGACCGAACUGGCCGACAAGAGAUGCACGGAGGCAGAACACGCCAGAGAAUUGAUAGUCACAUACAGGAAAGAAAUUGAGGAGAAAGAAAAGGAGAUACAUCAACUAAAAUGCGACAUAGCAUCAGCGUACAAGGAGUGCGAGCUCGUCCGUCAGAGGAGUCGCUCUAUCGAGGAGGACCUGGUGGCGGCCAGGAGAUGUACGGCGGAGCUGGCGGAUGAAAUGCAGCAGAAGAUUGAGGAAGCAGUCCGCCAGCUGCGUUUAGACCUGGACGAAGCUCACGCCAGGCGCUUACAGCUGGAAGAACGGGUGAAGGAGUUAGAAGAAGAAAAACAACGCCUGGAACAGGAGAAACUCUUACAGGAGCAAAAUGCUAAAGAGGCCUUAGAAGCGGCGGAAGCGAAUACAGCGAAAUGGCGAUCAGCCCACGAGGCUGCGCGGUCACAAGCGGCGGCGAGAGCAGAACGGAUACUAGCGGACUGUGAGUGGAAGAUGAGGGAGUUGGAGAAGAGAGCGAGGGACGUGGAGAAGGAGAAGAAGGAGUUAACAGAAACUGUGGAGAAAUUGAAAUCUUCUCCACCCACGCCUUCCCAUAUGGCUGAGUUGCAGCAAUUGAGAGGUCUUGCUUCCGAGCAGCAGAGGUCUGUGCAGUCUCUAGCGCUGCAACUGCAAAAGGUUGAGACGAGGGAAGAGGAACUCAAGCUUGAAGUCCACAGACUCAAGGAUCUGCUGGAAAAGGAGGCGAGGAGCCAGAAGGAGAAGGAGGAAAUGCAUUUGCAGGCUAUAGCCCGUCUAGAAGAACAGCAUACGGAGAAAGUGAAUAGCCUUAAAAACGAGCACGCGGAGGCUCUAGCGAGCGCCGCCAGUGCUCGAGCCGCUCUGGAACGAGCACACGCGGAGAGAACUCGAGCCGCGCUAACACAACUCAGGGAAGAGGCCGAGAGGGAUGUGAGGAACGGAGAGAGGAAAUUGAGGGAACUUAAUACUAGAUUCGAGAAUCUCAAAGAGGUGCUCGCGUCUAAAGAGGCCCAGUUUGAGAGAGCGAUCGCUGAGGCACACAGUAAGGCGGACUGGGACAUACUGCAGCUACGACAUCUACUGGACAAAGCUGACAUCACGUACGCGAACAACGUGGAAGCUAUGAACGAAAGAUUUGAAAGAGAAAAAGCUCAAUUAAUCGAAGAAUGGUCGGAGAAGUUAAGAGAAGUGGAGCAGCGAGCGGCGACGAGCGAAGAAGAAGCGAAGAACUUACUGCAGGCGACCAGACAGACCCUGGUCGCGGAGAAGAUGGAACAAAUGAACAAACUGAAGGAAAAACACCGACUGGAAAUGGAUGAGCAAUGGGAGCACUUCAUGGCUGACAAGGAGAUGUGUCUCGAACGAAUGAAGAUGGAGUGUCGGCAGGAGGGAGAGGAAGAGAGGGAGAAGAGGGAGAGAGAACUAGUGGAGGAAGUGGCAGAACUAAAAUCUCGUCUUCAAUCACAAAUGAGUGAUUAUGAAGAACUGUCACUCAAAGCGGCUGCGUGUGGAAGAACUUUGGCUGUCACUGAACAGGAACUAAGAGAAGCGCUAGAUCGUGAGAGGGAGUUGAGAGAUAAGAGGAGGGAGGACGCGGAGAGGAUGGGGAAGGAGGAGAAGAAGAACAGAGAACAGAUUGAACACCUCACGAGGAAGUGCGCCUGUCUCAGGAAACUUUUUGAUGACAUGCGGACUCGUCUUGCGGCUCGAGAACGAGUGUCGGAGCAGGAGGCUCGAGCGAAGGAUAAGGAGAUACAGCAAUUGAAGACAGAAGUGGCCAGACUCACGAAACUACUGAUGGAACAGAGCGGCCCCACGCUAGGCGCCAGGACCCGGGCUGAUGGUUGCGAGUCUUUUUUAUGUUCAGGAGGAAGAAGUCGGUGUGAGGAGACACAGGACGCUCCCAGGAGAAAAGGUGGAACUCUUAAGACGCCCGAAAUGACAAGGAAACGAACACUCCCUGAACUGCAACCACUUCCGCCGGAAGCGCGUCGGAACAGCUUGGACGUGCAAAAUGGCCGCCGGCGGGCCAAGAGCGUCGACCUACCCGCGGUACAAGUACCAGUCAGAAUAAAACAACUUGAAGAAAAAACUCAACAAUAA